AUGGAGCAUCUGCUUAAGCUGCACAACGAAGGGAAGGACAUCGAGCGACUGUUCUGCAUCUUGAAACUGCCGGUCCUACACCGGCCUGCGGAAUACAAAUUUAUGGAAGAGUACUGCAGUGUUUGGACACCUCAGAGGAAGCGCGAGCUGGUUAUCGCCAGCUGCUUAAUACCAAAGUUUAAGCUGUCAUGGAUUCCCGACAGUUCUAUGCGAGACCAGGCGACCAUGAACGUAAGAACAGAACUGGCUGCAGUGACCCAACCAGCCAGGGCAGAUGUCGCCGCCUCGUCGGCGCCUGAAGAUUUCUUCUCGUUCGGGCUCCAAACCCUCCCAGCCGAGACACAGGAUGAGCUGUCGAGGUACCUGCUGGUACCAGGAGAAAGACACCACUCCUUAAGCCGGCAGUUCAGGGUGGAACACUCAACUGUCAACCAGCUCAUAGAAGAGACAUGUGUGGUCAUCUACCUGGAGCUGAAAGACGAGUUCUUGAAGUCUCCCAAGGUUUGUGAAGAUUGUUUUAACCGCAAAAGGAUCAAAAGGGACUACAUUCGUGGAAGUAGCGAGGCCAUUCCGAAUUUUGCCGAUGCAAGCGCUGACAACCAGGAUGAAGGCAGUCAAGUCGCUGCAAUCCGGUCACUUGGUGCGGAGCUGGAAGCAUUGGGCGACCUUCCAUUCGCCGCUGUCCUGCAGGAUGUGCAGGCUCCUCUGAUCAAGACUAAGGCGGGUCUUGCUCCAGCGGACUCUCCACUGACCUACCAGCAGUCGGGCAGGUGGCUUGCGCUGCUGUCGCAUUUUGCCAAAGUUGAAUACACUGGGGCAGGCGUCUCAGUGUGGGUUUGCGUAGUGUUCGCCAUGAUGACCUUGUCGCUGUUCUCCACGGGCCUGGACCGCUUCUACGAGCAACAGUGGGCUACGUACAAAAACGUCACGCUGGGAAGAAAGCGCUUUCGCUGCGGCUUUUACGUCGAACACUUCCUCGCUCAUGCCUGGGAGUACUUCGAAAACCUGCUGGGAAAAGGCUCCUCUUCGCCCCCCGGCCGCCAGGCUUCUCGCGUGGUGACCGCCUUCUGGUGGCUGGCCGUCACUGUGCUGGUGUUCGCGUUCGCCGGCCAGAUGCGCGCCUGUCUCAUGGUCAAGUCCCAGGAGGCCGUGAUCCGCAACAUACGGGACCUAGCGCAACGCUCUUCCGUCCGGCCUUACACGCUGGCCGGAAGCAUUCUCACCGCCAUGCUCAGGGAUUCCCGUAACCCGGCGUACCAGAAGGUGUUCGAGCGGAUCAUGCGCUAUGGCGGGCAGACAGAGCUGCACCGCAUCUACGGGCAGCCGAUACUCGAGCAAGUGGUGCGUGGAAAGGCGGUCGUCAUUGCCGACCGAGGGUCCUUCACAUACAAGGUCUCCAGCACGUGUCGCAACUACACGGACGGCGAGUUCUACAUCGCCGAGGAGCCCAUCCUCAAGUUCCGCUUCGUCAUGUACCUCAGCAAGAAGAUGGACAUGCGCAUGCAGAGAGGCAUCAACCAGAGACUGGUGUGGCUUCGUGAGAUGGGCAUCAUGGAUCGCUGGAUUGCCCAGAUGCUGGGCAACUGGGACCACUGCCGACGUGACAGCAACCGCGUCACCCUGACCUUCGAAGACACCUACGCCAUCUUUGUGAUGUGGGCUCUGCUGGUGACUGCCUCCCUGGCAGCCUUCGGCUUCGAGAAGCUCCGAUACGCCUGCAGUGUCCGAAAGAUCCGCCUGCAUUGACCAAUAAUCAGCACAUUCCUUUAGAGCACACAGUUGCCUAGAGAAAUUACUAGCGUAAACUCUGGAAAUGCAAUUAUUCAGCUAGCAUGCAAAGAAUUGAUGAGAGACAUAGAAUAAUCAAAUGUUUGUGCUUGUGGCUUCAAAUAUUUUUCUAGCAUUACUCAUUGCACUAAUCUUACUGAACUUUAAAAAAAUUGUGCUCUUCUUAAUGGAUGAUGCCAAUAAAGUCCUGUGCACAUGCAUAAUUACAGUAAAUUGUCGCAGUUGUAACUCAAUAUUUUGUUGCAUAAGAUCAAUACAGUAUGCAAAAUCACAGUAAUUUGAAGCAAGAAAGUUAAACUUUAAGAAAAUACAAUUAGUAAGUACGAACCCCACAAAUCCUAAGUCAGCUAGACCGCCUAAAGUGCAGAUUCUACUUGAAGGCAUAAUAAAGUUCCCUCAAGUAAUUUUUGCAGGACACUCUAUACUUUAUGGUA